AGCAAUCGGCAUUUACUUCUCGAAUUCAAAUUGUUGGUUGUUUCAUGUAGUACGCCAUAAAUCUGUUGUAUUCGAUACAAAAUGGGUGUAACUGGCCUAUGGAAGCUGAUAGAGCCCUGUGGAAAGCCUGUGCCCGUGGAGACAUUGGAGGGAAAAGUGCUGGCAGUUGAUAUUUCCAUAUGGUUGCAUCAGGCUGUGAAGGGCUUUCAGGACAGCAAAGGAUCUGCAUUAAAUAAUGCGCACCUCCUGGGUCUCUUUCAUCGGCUAUGCAAAUUGCUUUAUUAUCGCGUGCGGCCGGUUUUCAUAUUUGAUGGCGGCGUGCCGCAAUUGAAGCGCGAUACAAUUGCGCGUCGCCAUCAGCAACGCAACAAGCUGAGCAACGAGGCCGACCGGAUUCAGGCACUACUGCUCCAAUCGCUGGCCAAGGAGAAGGUCGUGCAGCAGGCAUUAGGUAAAAACGCAGAGCUGCUGUUGAAAUCACCCGGAAAGCGACUAGCCGCAGAAAAAUCGAGCAAAAAUGAUGAAGACGAUCUCUUUAAACUGCCAGAGCUUCCAGCGUCAACCGCUGCUCAGCUCAACGAUUCUAACGAAGACUUUGAUAGUGAGAAUUAUGAUGGGGCCACCACUACAUCGGAUAGUUCCUUUGAUGAGUCGAAUGCCCGGCGUACAUAUGAUGCUAGCUUGCAGGCCAUUGAUGUGCGUAGCCAGCAUUUUAGGAAUCUACCAGCUGAUGUGCGCCAUGAAAUACUUACGGACAUCAAGGAGACGCGCAAGCAAUCUUCUUGGGGUCGCCUCCAUGAGCUGCCAGCACGAAGCGAUGAGUUCUGCUCUUUUCAAAUGAAGCGACUGUUAAAGCGACGUGCUGUGCAGGAGAGUCUUGAGGAGGCGCAACAAGAGAUGGGUGGUCACACUCUCACCUAUGCCGAGCUGUCCGAGUUCUUUAGCGAGGAGGGCAUAGUCACGCCUACAGCUAUCGCUGAAAGUACACGUCAAAUAAGCUCCGAUGAGCACACCAGGUUCUUAUUGGUUCGUGAUCUUAAGAAAAAGGCUAUGGCGGCAGAGAAGAGCGCUGAAAUGAGCGGCAAAUGUGAGACCAUCAAAGAAGAGAUCGAUGAAAAACCGAGCACCUCAACGAAAGCAUUCACCUCAACAGAAGCAUCCACCGAAGUAGACAAAAAGAAGGCGGCCGCCAAUUGUGACGUUGAUUUGGAAUUGGCAUUGUCCCUAUCUCUGGAAGAAUCCAAGAAGGUCUAUGACGACAAGGACUACGAGUUCGAUGCUGAUCAGAACUUGCGUUUGAAUCGCGAGCAAAGCAAAAACUUGCGCCAUGCUGCCAAGGGACCAGCACGCUCAUAUAUGAUUGAAUAUGCUGGCAUGAACGAGGAGGAAGUUGGCAACAUUAUGGAAGCAACUCAACUGAAUGAUACGCAAAGCUUAGAACGUUGGUUGCAAGACCCAAAUGGAAACGAUGAUAUAGGAAAUAUGGAUAUGGCAAACAAUUCAAUUGAAGAAGCGAAACAGCUCGCUUUGGCUAUUGAGCUAAGUCAACAAGUGCAGGGUAACAGCCCAGAUAAGGCUGACCCAGUUCAAACCAUUGAUAGCGACACUGAUUCAGACUUGGAAGAAGUUGAUGAAGCUACGACAGUGUCUGCAGGAAAUAGUCUUGAAAUCCGAAUUGAUGUAAAAGAUGCAUUGAAUGAAGACGAUGAUCUUUUUGCGGACAUUUUCGAUGAAGAGUGCAAGGUAAAUACCAGUAUUAAACCGGAACCAGAAGAAGCAGAAAUCAAGUGUAAAGGUGUAUCCAGUAAUGAAGACAUCCCGUUGAAGGAUGCAAUAAAAGUAAAUGAGAUUGUCAUCACAGAAACUAAAGACACGAAUCAGUUAAAAGAAAGUGAAAGUACAGAAGAGAAAACACAAGAAGCUACAAAGAAAAUUAAUGAAGAUAAACUCGUUGUUUCGGAAGUCGAAGAAAGCUCUAAAAAACAUUUGCUCAAUUCAAUACUUUCUGAUCUCAAAAAGCAAUCAGAGGAAGUUCAAAAUAUAACUUUAGAUCUGACAGAGGAAAAAGAAGAGCACAAACCUCCAUUGAGCUCCAUACUUGAUGAGCUUAAGCGGCAAACCGAUGAAGUUAAAAACAUUAAAUUGGAAUCUGUAAAGAUAAGCAAUAGCAUGGUUAUCGAACUAUCUUCUGAUGAUGAGAGUGCAAAAGUGACAACCUCUCAAGCAUCUAAAGAAGUUAUUGAACUUUGUGAUAAUGAAAGUGAAAUGCGUCGCACUUCGCCAAAUAAGACACCCAGCAAGACCAAGCCUAUUACAGAUUUCUUUGAAACCACAUAUAAGAUCAAACGCACGCCCGAUAAACCAGAUGGCACAAAUGUUACACCACCUGCAUCGCCGAUGGUAGCAAAGCCGUUCUUUGUUAAGCGCACACCGAAAUCGGGCCGAAAACGCGCAGGCGAGGACCCCAGCGAUGAUGAUGUCUCACCCAACAAAAAGUCCAGCAAAGCAGCCAAAUCCCUGUUUGGAAAUGAAGCCAAUGAACAGCAGGAGAAGACUCAGACAGUUAACCCCGAGGAAAUCCUCAAGGACGCAGCCGAUGCCUUAAAAUCUCAAAAGACAGCAGAGGAAUUACAGGAAAUGGCCAGUAAUUUGGCAGGUGAACGCCGCGAGCUAGAGGCCGAACGCAAUCGUCAGGAUCGCAUGGGCUUGUCAAUCAGUCAGCGCAUGAGCAGCGAUUGCCAAGACCUAUUGCGUCUAUUUGGGAUCCCAUACAUUGUGGCGCCAAUGGAAGCAGAGGCUCAGUGUGCCUUCCUCAAUGCAGUUGGUAUUACGAAUGGUACCAUAACGGACGAUAGUGAUAUCUGGUUGUUUGGCGGGCGCACAGUAUAUAAGAAUUUCUUUGCACAAAAUAAGCACGUCCUAGAGUUUCGAGCUGAGCAGAUAGAGCAAACCUUUAACUGCAAUCGAGGGAAACUCAUACAGCUUGCCUGUCUUGUUGGCAGCGAUUAUACGACAGGCAUUCAUGGCAUUGGUGCUGUGACAGCGCUUGAAAUACUUGCAUCUUUUUCCACAUCAACUCCAAAUACUGCCUCAUCGCCCAACUCUCCAUCAUCUGCUGUGUCCAUGCAGUCAGUGUUGUCGACAUUGGAAAGGUUUCGAGAAUGGUGGCAGGCGCAUAAGAGCUCCAAUUUGCCAAUUGGCAGCUCAGCACGCCUUUCGCUGCUAAAGAAACUGAAAAAUAUUGAGCUGCAUGAGGGCUUUCCCAGUUCAUCUGUGGUGGAGGCCUAUUUGACACCUAAGGUGGACGACAAUCGCGACGCUUUUAGCUGGGGCUCCCCUGAUGUCGAAUCUAUACGAGAAUUUUCUCGUAAAUCAUUUGGUUGGACUACGUCGAAAACGGACGAUAUCCUCAUGCCGGUCAUGAAGAAAAUCAAUGAAAAGAAAAUACAAGGCUCCAUACGCAAUUACUUUACGGCGAAAAGUGCGCUGCGAGUGCAACAACCGAAGGUCAGCAAACGUGUUCAGACGGCAAUCGAUAAGAUGUCUGGCAAAAUCGAUGUGGAAACUCCAGAGAAACCGAGUAAACCACCACGUCGAGCACGUGCAAAGAAAACGAAAGCAGCUGAGCCGGAUGAAGCGAAUGUGAAUGAUGCAACAGAUAAUAAUAAUCAGCCAACUCGACCAAAACGCGUCAGACGAAAGGCAACUACAGAGACAACGGAAGAACCCGCUGCAUCGUCUUCUACACUCAAAGCAGCCGUAAAGCCAGUGAAAUCUAUAAAUUCACAACAUACCAAAGAGAUAAUACCGCAAAGAGAACGUGAUAUGGAGCAAAUGCGUCAGAAUAAGGCAAAAGCGGCAGCAAUUUUGAAGGCAAGCGCUAAGGCUUCCAAAUAAAACUGGUCGUAUCUCCUCUAUGUAGAUAUGCAUGCCAUAAUUAUAUAUACACAUAUAUAUCUAUAUAAU